AUGGUGGACAUUCGUCAGUUCUUCGGAGGUGACAAGAAGCCAGGCUCCCCUGACGAGGCACAGAAGAGAAGCAAGACAGAGGACGAGGGGAAGAGCAAGUUCUUUGAGGAGAAAAAGAGCCCUAAGGCGUCUCCAAAGAGGGUGAAGAAGGAAACACCGAAAGCAUCGCCAAAGAAGAAGGAAACUCCAAAGGCAUCACCCAAAAAGGCCACUCCUAGGAAAAAGGCCGAACCGACAUACGUAAACCUUGAUUCGGACGCCUCUGACUCCGAGGACGAUUUCAAGCCUGAUGGAGAUGAGGAGGAAGAUGACGAUUUUGAUGGUGGUGACUUUGAUGACAUGAAGGAGGAAGAGGAAGCCGAAGAGGAUAAUGACCUUAGCAUCCAGGAGAUCGAGCCUGAGCCUAAACCUAAAGCUGCUGCCAAACCAAAGGCCAAGACAGAGCCUUCUGGAGAUUCCGAUAUAGAUACCGCUAAGAUCUUGGCCCUGAUUGCAGAUGCACCAUUGCCUGAAAGCGGUGAUUCCGAGGAAAAGAUGAAUUACUUCCAAUUGAAGAGCAAGCAACAGAACGUGGCUGCUCCUAGCGGCAACAUCGAGCUUCCAGAGGCAGCACCUAACUGUUUGGGUGGUUUGACCAUCGUCUUCACCGGUGUCUUGCCUAAUCUUGAUAGAGAUGCAGCCGAGUCUGUGGCUAAAGAGUACGGUGGCCGUGUCACCAAAAGUAUCCUGAAAAAAACGAGUCUUGUGGUUAUUGGCGAGGAAGCAGGUCCCUCGAAGGUCAAGAAGAUCAAGGACUUCGGCAUCAAGACCAUCACAGAACAGGGCUUCAUAGAGCUUUUAAGCAAAAUGCCUCCAGAAGGUGGCAGCGGAAAGGAAGCCCAGGCGGCCAAGCUCAAGAGAGAGCAAGAGGAAGAAAAGCUUGCAGAGGAGGCCAGAGAAGCUGAGAGGAAAGAAAAGUCCGAAGAAGAGCGCAGAAGAGCUCGUGCCGCUGAACAAGCCAAGCAGGCAAAGAAAGAGGGAAGACGUCCUCCAUCACCAAAAAGAGAGAUCCCCAACAGCGAGAAGUUGUGGACUGUCAAGUAUGCACCAACUAAUCUCGGCCAAAUUUGCGGCAACAAGGGUAAAGUGGCUAAACUCAAGACGUGGUUGGAAAACUGGCACGAUAACUUCAAGACGGACUUCAAGAAGCCCAAGAACGAGGGCGGCAACCUAAGAGCUGUCCUCAUCUCGGGUCCACCGGGUAUCGGAAAGACAACGGCUGCAUCUCUCGUUGCUAAAGAGCUUGGCUAUGACAUUCUCGAAAAGAACGCUUCUGACGUCAGAUCCAAGUCUUUGCUUAAUCAGACAAUUAAGAAUGUCCUCUCUAACACAUCUGUGGUCGGUUUUUUCAAAGGCAGAGACGCCGAGGUGCACAACAAGAACGAGAAGAAAUUCUGUCUCAUUAUGGACGAGGUGGAUGGUAUGUCCAGUGGAGACCACGGUGGUGCUGGUGCUUUAUCGGCCUUCUGUCGUAUCACCAAGAUGCCAAUCAUAUUGAUUUGUAACGACAAGACGCUUCCGAAGAUGAGAACAUUCGAUAACACAGCUUUCAGCUUGAAUUUCGUCAGACCCAGCGAAACAGAAGUCAGAUCUAGGUUGAUGACGAUUGCCUUGAGAGAAGGUGUCAAAUUGGAGCCCAGUGUGAUUGGACAAUUGGUACAGGCCACCGGUAACGACAUUCGUCAAAUGAUCAAUUUGUUGUCUACUGUCUCAAAGACGCAGAAGCAGAUCAACCGUGGAAACUCUCAAGAGAUUGCAAACAGUUGGAAGAAACACACAGCUCUCAAACCAUUUGCUAUAACCAUGGAGCUUCUUGGCGGUGGCCAGCGCAAAACGCUUAAUGACAAAAUUGAUUUGUAUUUCAACGACAUUGACUUCACUCCCUUGAUGAUACAGGAGAACUACCUCAACGCCAAUCCUUCGGUAUCUCCACAAGAGCGUUUGGAACGUGUCGCUGACGCUGCAGACAGCAUUAGUGAAUCAGACCGCAUCAACAGUUUGAUCCGCUCGAGUGAGCAGCAGUGGAGUUUGCUUCCAUUCCACGCAGUCAUGUCUUCCGUGAUGCCCGCUGACAAAGUAAGAGGUUCCUUCGUUGGUCUGGCUCAAUUCGCUGGCUGGUUGGGCAAAAACUCUUCCACCAUGAAGGCCCAGCGUCUUCUCCAAGAAUUGCACUACCACACCCGUUUACGUACAUCCACAAGCAAGGAUGAGCUUCGUCUUGACUACUUGCCGGCUUUUGAGGAGCGUCUCUCCAAGCCCUUGGUGAAGAAUAGCGAAGAAGGCAUCAGCGAGGUGAUGGAGACCAUGGACUACUACUACAUGACCCGGAGUGACUUCGACAGUGUUUUCGAUUUCGGCCUCAAAACCAAGGCAGCCAAGCAAGUAAAUGAAUUGCCAACAAAGGUCAAGUCAGCCUUUACCAGAAAGUACAAUGCUGCGCAGCAUCCUGUGGCCAUCUACAAGACAGGUGACCUGACAAAGGGCCAACCUCGUAAACAGAAGGCUGACUUUGAGGAUGUGGUCGAGGACGAUACUAUGAAGGAUGACGAAGAGGAGGUUGUGGAAAGCGAGGGCAUCGACAAGAAAGACAAGCUUAUCAAGGAGGUGAAGCCGAGAAAGCGGGCUAAGCCGCAGGCAGCCAAAGGCGCCAAAAAGCAGAAGAAGAAAUAA